AUGAAGAAUCUAGCCUUGCACAUGAUCUUACAUCCUUCAGAUCCAGGCCGGUUCACAAUAUGUAACCCUAGCACUAGACAGGUGAUAACACUGCCAGAAGCUUCUAGUGGUAGAAGGGAGAGCGUGUAUAUGUGCUUGGGAUAUGAUCCCGUGGCACGGCUGCGCGGUGAACAAUGUCAAGAGCACAAGGUUUUAACACUCGGAGGAGGACUUUCGUGGAGAGACGUCAAAGGUACAUCAAAAAUCAUGUCUUAUAACGUUGUAACGAACUGA